AAAUAGCGUCAGUACCAAAGAGAUCUAAUUAGCUAGCUAAUAGCUAUUACCAACAUCAAAUUCUGAACAGGCUCUUCCCUCAUUCAUUAAGUUCAUCGGUGCCGUCACAAAAAUGCCCGGAAUUAAAGGACCGUCCGAUUACUCUCAGGAACCACUUCGCCAUCCUUCUCUCAAAAUCAAUUCUAAGCAACCUUUUAAUGCUGAGCCACCUCGUUCUGUCUUGGCUGACUCUUAUGUCACACCGGUGGAAUUGUUCUACAAGAGAAAUCAUGGACCCAUCCCUGUAGUUGAUGACAUAGAAAGAUAUUCGGUUUCCUUUUGCGGCCUGAUUGAGAAACCCAAAGAACUAUUCAUGAAAGAUAUACGGAAGCUUCCAAAAUACAAUGUUGCUGCCACCUUGCAGUGUGCUGGUAACAGAAGGACUGCUAUGAGUGAUGUCCAAAAAGUAAGGGGCGUUGGCUGGGAUAUUUCUGCUCUAGGGAAUGCUGUAUGGGGCGGUGCAAAGUUAGCGGAUGUGCUUGAGCUUGUUGGCAUAUCCAAGUUUUCAAGUACAACAAAAUCAGGAGGAAAACAUGUAGAAUUUGUAAGCAUUGAUAAGUGUAAGGAGGAAAAUGGAGGCCCUUAUAAGGCAUCAAUUCCGCUUAGUCAGGCCACCAAUCCUGAGGCUGAUGUUUUAAUUGCUUAUGAGAUGAAUGGGGAGCCUCUUAACAGGGAUCAUGGUUAUCCAUUACGAGGGAUUGUUCCAGGUGUUAUAGGUGCACGUUCUGUCAAAUGGUUGGAGUCCAUUAACAUAAUUGCUGAAGAAUGUCAGGGCUUCUUUAUGCAAAAGGACUACAAAAUGUUUCCCCCAUCAGUGAAUUGGGACAACAUUGAUUGGUCUACUAGGAGGCCACAAAUGGAUUUUCCUGUCCAGUGUGCAAUUUGUUCAUUAGAAGAUGUCACUGCAGUAAAGCCUGGAAAGGUUAAGGUGAGUGGAUAUGCAGCAUCAGGAGGAGGCCGCGGUAUAGAGAGAGUAGAUGUGUCUGUUGAUGGUGGCAAAAGUUGGGUGGAAGCUUCUAGGCACCAGAAGCCUGGUGUCCCUUACAUCUCAGAUGAGACGAAGAGUGACAAAUGGGCAUGGGUAUUGUUUGAGGUCACAGUUGACGUGUCUCAUAGCACAGAGAUAGUUGCAAAAGCAGUGGAUUCGGCAGCUAAUGUCCAACCUGAAUCUGUGCAAGAAAUAUGGAACCUGCGAGGGAUACUGAACACUUCAUGGCAUCGAGUUCAAGUCCGAGUUGGACACUCAAAUAUGUGACCUGUUACUGGGUUUUGUUUUCCAUGUCCGCAUCUUAAUGCUUUGUUGGUGUUGUUUACUGAGUUGGUUUUUAGUUUGUUUUUUUAAGUCUUUUUGAAACAAUACCGAGUUGCUUAAGCUUUCCAUUUUGCAUAUGUAAAUCCAUGUUAUCAUCAUUUAGCAUAAAAAGAGAUAGCUUGAAGGCUUUUCUACGUAUCGGAUACAGAAUAGUUACGUAAAUGUACUCUCACGUUUAAAUGAACAUGAGAGGUUAUCAUUUAAUCUA